UGUGUGUGUAAAACACAUUAUUCACGUUAUACUCGUAAUUCUCGAUUCUAGGAUAUAACUUUAUAUAUAGUCCUCGUAACUAUUUCAGCUUUUCCUUCAAAAGAAUCCUUACACAAUCCUAAAUAUCUUAGUCAAACUAAAAAAAAGAGAAGAAAACCAAUGUUUCCAAAAUCUCAUCUUUCCAAAUUCCUGAAAUCACUUGCAACCCUUUUCGCAUUGGCAUGGAAAUUCUUCAGCUUUUCCAACAUUGAUCCUCCGGCGGCGGCGGCGGAGGCUGCUUUCUCAGGUGAAGAAAUUGGAGAAAUCAGGAGGGUCCAUAUUAAUUCUUCAAGUUGUUGGAAGCCAAGCCAAAAAGGAGAAGAAAAGGAGUGUUCAAUCUGUUUAUUCAAGAUGGAGCAAGGGGAUGAAAUCAGGGAGCUGAAGAAUUGUGGACAUGAAUUCCAUAGAGAUUGUAUUGAUAGAUGGGUUACCGGCCACGGUCAGGUGACUUGUCCGCUGUGUCGAAGCUAUCUCCGGCGGCUGCCGACGUUAUUCCCGGCGACCCAAGAGAUUAAGCUCUUAGUAUUUAAGUUCUGUAACAACAUCGGGUCAACUCACCGCCGGCACCGGCCAGAUUCGGAUUCAUGGUGGCUCCGUUAAGGAGCUAAUUAAUUAAUCCAAUUCAACAUCUUGCAUGCAUGCAUGUGUCUGAAUCAGCCGAAGUUGCUAGCUAGUAGCUAAUACUUUUAAGUUCUUAUCGAAUUCUAAGCUUAAGCUAUAUGUAAGAUUAAUUAAACUUAUGAAGUCUUACUUUUUUUAAUGGUUAAUUAAGCAGCAUUUUCGUUUUCGGUUUUACUCUUUCUGUCUAAAAAAAUUAUAAAAAAAACUCACAUAGAGUUUUUUAAUUUGUACUAAUUUUAAAAUAAAUAUUAAAAUUCAAUAUGAAUUAUUUAC